UUUCGAAAACAAACGUGUUCACUCUUAUCAGUUCGCCAAACGCAUUCGGGUUGAUAAAAGAACAAAAUUGUUAAAAAGUGGUUAAUUUUACACAAAUUCAAGAAAGUCGGUGGUUGGUAGCAUACUUUAUAAUUCAAGCGAACCAAAAAGCUCAUUUGAAAGACAAGAAAAAGGAAAUGCAAGCUUGAAAACACGAUUUGCCGCAACAAUGACGCAAACCGUAGUCGAACUGCAUUGGUUUCCCAAGUAUCCGGAUCGAUUUCUUACGGCAGCCGGAUCGGAGAUUAAUCUUUACCAGGUCAAAGAUCGCCAUCUGGUCGACCAUGGUAUUCAUAGCAAUAUUAACUUGGACAUUUCCAAAAGCACCACUGCCACGCUGAUUGCCUUCGAGACGCGCUACCAAUUCAUCCGCUCGGUCGCACCAUCCUUUCAUUCAACUGGAGAGAUACUUUUUGCAGCUGGGUUGCCCAAUGGAAAAGUUGCAUUGUGCAAUUUUGCUACUGAGAAUAAUGUGGAAUUCACGCCUAGAUUAUCACGUCCGUGUACUUGCCUUGCUUGGAGUGAACUGGAGCCAAGUCUGCUAGCGAUGGGUCACGACCGGAAUCGUUCCGAUCACUGCAUCACCAUAUGGGAUACGGAACGAGGGGCUCCGAAUCAGUCAUCAAUUCUUCAGCUUAUUGGAUUAUCAGAAACUGCGCAUUCCAUAUGUUGGGAUAAGACGUUUCCGCAGGUUUUGAUAGCAGGAAUGAGCCACAAACACAUUAAAAUGAUGGACUUCAGGCAAAAUCCACCAAUCGUAACGUUGGCUAAUGCUCGCACCGUGAACGGGCUUUGCAUUGCUCCAAACGGUCGCUAUAUGUCCAGCUACGUGGACAAUGUGAUCAACUUGUGGGAUCUUCGCUCGCUGGAGAAACCAAUCAGCCAGAUCCAGAUGCAGAAAAACAUCACCCAUCUAUCGUGGUGCCCAACGCGAUCAUCGGUACUCACCACGCUGCAACGAGAUUCACCUUUGAUCAACCUAAUUGACCUGCACUGGCCCGGUUCGGAAUCGGAUGGAGGGGAACCUCAUUCCAUCAAAAGAUUUGUUUCACCGUUCCAAGCUCGAAACCGGAACCGUAUGCCCACCAUGGGGUAUCUUUCAUGGCAUCCGUACGAUCUGGAGCGAAUACUGGCCUUGUCCGGAACAGGAACGAUUUGCGACUAUCGAAUUCCACAGCGGGUGGCAAUCUCUUGGGACAACAACAACAAUCUAUAUGGAAACAAUGGGAAUGAGUUGCAGCAGUUUAUUUCGCCUUCGCCACCGUCAUCCCCAACGGAUUCUCUUAAUCAGUGGGACUGUGGCAUCGAUAGUUACGAAGAGGAUGUUGCCGAGACAAUUCAGAAAAGGGCUUUGAAUAAUUAUGGACUCACUGCAGAAAUGCAUCGGAACGGAGACUUAGCUGGUAAUGCAAAUGUGAAGGGAGUGUGGCGUCUACUCGGACACAUGAUUAAGGAAGAUUGCAAGCUUGGGCUGAACACAAUUCUCGGAGUAUGCAGUGCUCCAGAUGGGCCAGCCAUGUCUCGUUCCGACCCUGUUAUGAUGAAAUGGAUGGAUUUCAGCAUUGGAAGCGGCUUGGUAGUUUAUCGAAGCGAACAUCGAGACACGGCUCAACUGCUUUGCGGUUGGACGUUCGAUCGUAGUAAGGAGUCGUCGUUCCUUUCCUUCAUCGAUGAACUUUGCUCAAACAAGGAAUAUACCCGCGCCGCUCUGGUUGCUUGCUUUCACUUUCGAAUCAAGCAAGCGAUUGACAUUCUCGGCCGUGGAGCUGAACAAUCGUCAGACCCUAGUUCUUUGUUGCGUGUAGCUGCCAUAGCCUUGUCCGGGUUCAGUGCAGAACGUUCUGGCCUAUGGCGGAAGCAGUGUGGGGCUGCGAGAACCCAAAUUGAUGAUCCCUAUCUUCGAUGCAUGUUCUCCUUCUUAGCACACGAGAAAGACGGCUUCGAAACCGUUACAAACGAGACAGAGAUCUCCCUGUGCGAUCGAAUGGCAUUCGCCUGCAAUUUUCUAUCCGAUCUUAAAUUGGCUGAGUACAUUAAGGGUAUGGUCGCAAACUGUAUCGAAUCCGGAGAUCUAAACGGCCUUCUUCUGACUGGCGCUACUAACGAUGGCAUUAAAUUACUUCAGAGUCACUUGGACCGAACGGAGGAUGUUCAAACAGUAGCUCUGAUCGCAGCACGUUUCCUCACAUCAGAUCUGCUAACCGACUAUCGUGUUCAGUACUGGAUUUCUACCUAUCGCGACCUUCUUGACAUCUGGGGUUUGUGGGAGCAACGCGCCCAGUUGGACAUUACUCUGGGGCGAACACGCUCUCCCCCGCAAAACCCACGCUCCGUGUUUUUGUUGUGCAACUUCUGCGGUAAAAACGUCUCGAUGGCUCUGCAGGAGGAUGCCCGAUUGCGUAACAACGCUGCAGUCAUGCAUAAGCUCUCGUCUUGCCCUAACUGUCGGAAGCCACUGCCGCGAUGCGCACUUUGUCUGCUGCACAUGGGAACAACGAUGGGUGCCAUCUCGCAGGGACACGCCAUUCAGGGACAGAUCGGCUGGCAGUCGAAGCCGUUCUCCAAGUGGUUCUCCUGGUGUCAGACAUGUCGGCAUGGUGGCCAUACGGAACAUCUGGCAGAAUGGUUCAAUGAAAACACCGAGUGCCCAGUAACGUCAUGCAGCUGCAAGUGUUUUGCCAAAGAUCUCCCGAUGCCGCAGUAUCCCCGUGAGAAAGAUCCACUUUCCUGAUACCAACUUGCCACGUUGUUCUAGUUUGUGACUUUAAAUUCUUGAGCUUCAUUAGUCAGGUGCGAAUAAGCACCGUUUUUAUUCCCUAUUUGCUGAUUUGUUUCUUAAAUAUUGUUAUCGUGUACAAAGCGUUACUAGGCUAAGUUAGAUGACUUUUAUUCGAUUAAAUGUUUUAUUCAAAGAUCCCAAAACUAAUUGAAUGAAACGGGCUAUCAGAGAUCA